GCCCCUCCUCGGAGGCUCAGAUGGCUCAGGCGAAGAUCAACGCGAAAGCCAACGAGGGGCGCUUCUGCCGCUCCUCCUCCAUGGCCGACCGCUCCAGCCGCCUGCUGGAGAGCCUGGACCAGCUGGAGCUCAGUCAAUUUUGUCACACAAGAUUCUUACCAGCUCCUUGCUUACUGGCUCUACAAACACAAAGCUGGACAUGUAUUUAGUAUUUUGAAGAAUAAGAGACCCUAUGAUUUUACAGUCUGUGACUGCUAUUUUGGGGUACAACAGGGUUGAAGCUUUAAGAGAAGCAGCAACUGCUGUUGAGCAAGAGAAAGAAAUCCUCUUGGAGAUGAUCCACAGUAUCCAAAAUAGCCAGGACAUGAGGCAGAUCAGCGAUGGAGAAAGAGAAGAAUUAAAUCUAACUGCAAAUCGUUUGAUGGGACGAACUCUCACCGUUGAAGUUUCAGUAGAAACAAUUAGAAACCCCCAGCAGCAAGAAUCUCUAAGGCAUGCCACCAGGAUUAUCGAUGAGGUGGUCAAUAAGUUUCUGGAUGAUCUGGGAAAUGCCAGGAGUCAUUUAAUGUCGCUGUACAGUGCAUGUUCAUCUGAGGUACCACCUGGGCCCGUUGAUCAGAAAUUUCAAUCCAUAGUAAUUGGCUGUGCUCUUGAAGAUCAAAAGAAAAUUAAGAGAAGAUUGGAGACUCUACUUAGAAAUAUUGAAAACUCUGACAAGGCCAUCAAGCUUUUAGAGCAUUCUAAAGGAGCUGGUUCCAAAACUCUGCAACAGAAUGCUGAGAGCAGAUUUAAUUAGUUUUCAACCCUAAAGACCAUUAACAAAUAAUGAUGUAAAAAUGACAAAAUACAUUUUUAAGUGAUAAGUAGUUCUUUACUAUAGGCAUAACCACUCAUUUGAUAGGGAAAGUUGUUUCAGAUGAGGACACUAUUCCAAGGCCAUGAGCUUUGUGAUUAACACAAUUAAAACUAGAAAAAUUUUAAUUUUUUAUUUGUAGUUCUAUUUUUAAUUUUAAUUUGUAGUUCUAAUUUUUAGAUUUUAUUCUUACCUUGUACAAAUAUCUAGCACCUAAUAUAUAUAUUUUUACUAUUGUGUGGAUCAAUGCAUAGUUUGUGGGGGAAAAAAUGAGUGCUCCAUUGGGAACAAAAGGCUUCACUGCUCUUUCCUCUGCUUUGCCUGUCAUAGAAACAAAUGGGUAUGUGGGGUAUUUAGUUGACUAGAAAUUCUUUACCUUCUGCAGUAUAUACUGUGCAUGUACUGUCAGCAAAGCACUGUGUUUAGAGGGAUAAAAGGAAACGCAAAACAAAAUCCUUCAAUAUGUGUCUCAUUUUGAAUGUAUCUUUUGAUAUUCAUGAAAACAUGACAUAAAAUGUGAGGGAAAACCACCUACAAUUUUACACUGUGAACAAUUAUAUAUUCACUAUAUCUUUUCUUCAGAUGCGUUAUUUCUAUAAAAUUUUAAUAAUUACAAAAAUACGGUGUUGUAACUUGCCUUUUAGUUUUCUAAGUAUUGCUAUAAAGUUGCUUAAUUGCCAACCUAAAAACUGUAGGUUAGCCCGUAUAGCUAUACCAUAAUUAACUUACCUAUUCCUCUUUUACUGUACAUUUAGGUGGUUUUAAAUUUGAUGCUAUUACUGCAUCAUUAUGUACAUAGGGCUUUCUCCAAUUUUUUUUUCCUUAACUUUAUUUAAGUUCCCAGUGGAUUUACUAGGUCAAGCGAAGGGUUAUGUACAUUUUCAUGGCCUAAUACAUAUUUCCAAAUUUUUCUGUAUAAGAGAUACCAAUUUAUUCUGUCUUCAGUAAUUAAAAUGUAGCAAAUUCACUGAAAUCUUUCCAUCAUUGAGCAUUAAAUCGAAACACCUUAUUUUAAUUUGCAUUUUGUUUAUUAACAAGGUUGACCAAUAUAUUGAUUCUUUUGAUCUGUGAUUAAUGAAGCAAAGCUUUUAGUUGUUCACAGUAACAUAUUUAUGUAUGUACUACUGAUAAAUAAAAAUCUCAAAAACUUCCCCAAAUACUACUUCAAAUUACAUACAUUAAACUCAAUUUUCAUUAGAAUGUAGAAUACUAUUCUUCAUACUUAAAAAAAAUCCUCCUCCGGAAUGAUUUUAUAUAUGUUUGUAUCUGUAAGCAAUUAUUGAGCCUUAUCUUCUGGACAAAAUGCCAAUAUUGUCUCUCUUCGUAAAGAGUACUUAAAAUCUGAGAACAUUCAUGGUUGCUUGUUGCCAGCACCAGUCCAGCAUCAUUUAAAUCUUUCCAUUUCAUGGAAAACAUUUUCACUGCUAUCUGUGGCAAAGCCUUUUUGGUUUGUCAGCAGACUUUGAUUUGCUGUCAUCAAGUUCACUGUCAAAUAAAGAUUUUCUUUUGAUGCCA